UGUGAGCAACCACCUUGAGCACAGCAGAACUUUUUCCACACUUUUAACUACACAGACCUGAGCAACAUGGAUCACAUCUACGAAAGCGUCGCCGGGGAAAACGGCCGUCGUCGUGGAGGCCACAGCCCUGACCGAGAGGUCAUGUAUGAGAACACAGGUGAGGAAAGUGAACAUGUGUACAGCGAGGUGGAGGUCCACACCUCGGCUGGGGGAGAGCAAUCCCAAAAUGACUACACAGAAAUGAGAGAUGAUGAAAACAGCUUUUCAUCCUCCUCCUCCUCCUCGUCCUCCUCGUCUGAGAGUGACGACGAAGAAGCCAGGGCAGAGACCCCAACGGAUGAACAACAUGUGGAGACAAUGAAGUUUUCACCCGAGUUGGAGGCAGAAGAGGUGAAUGGAGAUCAUGACAGCUCCAGACGCUCAUCCUCCUCCUCUCACGCCUCCUCCUCCUCAUCCUCCUCCUCCUACCAUGGAGACCCCUGCGACGACCCUCCGAUCGAAAGCCGGACCCAGAAUGAGGAUCAUGCCGAUAAUGCUCUGGACUACAGCAUUAAAACUAUGGAGAACGUCCAUCUGAAUGACAGGAGCAGGGCCCCCGAUGACCCCAACGAGCCUAAAGUCUCCCUCUUUGUCAAGGCAGGAAGUGAUGGGGAAAGCAUUGGCAACUGUCCCUUCUCCCAGCGUCUCUUCAUGAUCCUCUGGCUUAAGGGAGUGGUGUUCAACGUCACAACUGUUGACCUCAAGAGAAAGCCAGAGGAUCUGCAGAAGCUGGCACCGGGAACACACCCUCCUUUCCUGACCUUCGACGGGGACGUCAGGACCGACAUCAACAAGAUUGAGGAGUUUCUCGAGGAAGUGCUCUGCCCUCCAAAGUAUCCCAAACUGGCUGCCAGACACAGAGAUUCCAAUACAGCUGGAAAUGACAUCUUUGCCAAGUUCUCAGCUUUCAUCAAGAACACCAAACCUGAGGCCAAUGCUGCUCUGGAGAAGGCUUUAACCAAGGCACUGAAGAAGCUUGAUGAUUACUUGACGAGCCCCCUGCCAGAGGAGAUCGAUGCAAACAGUAUGGAGGAAGAAAAGAGCUCCAACCGAAAGUUCCUGGAUGGAAAUGAGCUGACUUUGGCAGACUGCAAUCUGCUGCCCAAACUGCAUAUAGUCAAGGUUGUUGCUAAGAAGUAUCGCAACUACGACAUCCCUUCAGAAAUGACAGGUGUGUGGCGAUAUCUGAAGAACGCCGCCUCACGUGAAGAGUUCACCAACACCUGCGCUGCUGAGGAUGAGAUUGAGAAAGCCUACAGAGACGUGGCGAGGAGACUGGCCAAAUAACUCGCCAACCAACCUGAGCUCCAACAAAAUAAAUAAGCAACACAAAAGAUCCAUAAAUAAAUCUAAAAUUACACUUUUAUUUUUUUUUAGCUUAUUCUUCAUGUGACAUUCUGUAGAAACAUAAGAUCUCUGUCUUUGACAGUCCCAGAUGUGAUGGAUAGCAAUAAUUCAGCUCUCUCUGUACGUAGAUGGUAUUUCAAUAACACCAGCAGACAUGGCAAAACAGAGGGAGAGCAGAAGAUAGAUUGUACUAUGUUUAACUUGAUCCAAAGCCAGCUUCAGUCAUUGCUGCUGUGAAACUUCUGACAAAACUCUUUUUACCUAAACAUGAUUGUGUCUGUCUUUAUACAUUCCUUGUAAGACAAAGCCCCCUUUCAUACAGACUCCACAGCACGGUCGAAACAUUUUACUAGCUGCUGAUGUCAAGGUAGUUCACUUUAUUUAUUCCCAAGCCCGCAGAAGUCUAGCCUGACUCCUGUGUUUAUUAUCGAGUUCAGGGCUCCUGGGGAGACACCUUGUUUCAUCUGUGAUGGAUGAUUAACGCUCAAAGCUUUCCGAACUCGACAGCCCCAAUUCGCAGCUCAGAUCGUCCCUGAUUCUUUUGGAGUAUUUGUUUUUAUUUCAGCUUAAGCGUAUCUUGAGAUUCACUCCUACUCUUUUGUAUAAUUCUUUGUUUUUUUUUCUUCAGAAAUCAAAUGAACAAACUCUUGCUGAUGGAGGUUAUUAGAGAACAAAUUUUAAGUCUGUAUAGAUUUUAUGCACUAACCUGUCUUAUUAAAAGCUAAUGCAGAACACUUUUAAAUGUGAAAACUGCUAACCUUUCUACUUUUGCUCAAAAUAAGCAACACAUGCCAAUAUCCCAUGGACUCAUUAGGAUAAAUCUAUUAAAGCAAGGAUUUAAAGCUGCUAGUUUUUCUCUCUGGCUGCUGCAAUCCAGUUGAGGUAUUGAUUUUGUCUCAAGUUACCUCAUGAUAUUAUAAAUGGGGAGACUAUUUAUUUAGCAGUCCAAUCAGGUCUGAUUAGGUAGAGCCAUUAGUGGUGCGAUGAAAGCCAUCUUCCAGACCAGUCUCCUAGUAGUCAGAAGCCCUGCCCUGGAGCUCCUUGCUCUGAUGAGUCCAUCAACAUCCCCUGCUUUAAACUUCAGGUUUAUGAGUUUCAGUGUCCACAUAGAGGAGAAUGGAAACUUUUCUUGGGGCUUGCUGUUUUUGGCUUGCCGUGAGGUUGCAACUAUAGCAAGACUUCCUCAAAGAGCUAUAAGGCUUUUGUAUGGUUUGGAGAAGCACAUGAUAUGAAAUCGGAGCUUGAUGACUGAGAGGGUUGCUCACAGCGAAGCUCUGCAAAUAAAAUAAUA